UGAGUAAAAAUAGUAAAAGCAAUUCAUUUGAAUGUGAAAUAAGCUAUGCAUUCGAACUAGCAUCGAUGGACACUAUUGGAAGAACAGCGUUGGGAGAAGAAUUUAAUUCACAAAACAAAGAAAACCAUGAUUUCCGAAAUAACUAUGAACGUCUAGCAGAAAUCUUUGCAUACAGAAUUUCGAAUCCGUGGUUUUUAAUAUCGAGUUUGUUUUCGCUGUCAUCGAAAAAACAUGAACAACGAAAUAGUCAACAUUUAAUGCAUAAAUUUGUAAAUGGUGUAAUCCAGAAGAAAAAAGUCGAAACUAAUGAAAAAGCAAAAACUAUGAUUAAUGGGUGUCGUGACGAAGAUUGUAGUUAUCAAAAGGUUAAAUCUUUAAUUGAAAUUCUGUUAGCAAACGAACAUCAAAUAUCACAUGAAGAAAUGCGGGACGAACUUAUAACCAUUAUAAGUGCGGGACAUGAAACAACUGCAAAAGCAAAUUCAUUAAUUAUAUUUAUGCUGGCUCAUCAUCAAGAUGUUCAACAAAUUGUGUAUCAAGAAAUAAAUUCAAUAUUUUCGGAUGGUAAUUUAAACAGACCGCCUACAUACGAGGAUUUACAAAAAAUGGAAUACUUAGAACGCGUUAUCAAAGAAACCAUGCGACUUUAUCCAGCUGUUCCUCUAGUGCUCAGACAAGUAGAAAACGAAAUGAUGAUUGGAAAAUAUCUAAUCCCGGCGGACACAGUUAUUGCGAUUCCCAUUUAUUGUUUGCAUUUAAAUCCACAAAGCUAUAAGGAUCCAGAAAAAUUUAAUCCUGACAACUUCUUACCUGACGUGUGUCGCAGUCGUCAUCCUUAUGCGUACAUUCCUUUUAGUGGCGGCACAAGAAACUGUAUUGGAAUGAAAUACGCAAUGCUUCAAAUGAAGACUGCGAUAUCUACUCUUGUAAGGUCCUACCGUUUUUCGCCAUCAGAAAAAUGCCCUACGCCAAAGGAACUUAAACUAUCGUGUACCAUAGCACUGGAAUUUAUCAACGGAUGUUACGUUAAAAUAGAAUCAAGAAAGUAAUGAGUAGUUUAUAGUAUUUAGGUAUUUUGUAAUUGAGUAGAACUUACUGAGAUUGUUUACUGUCUUAAAACCAAAUUUAAAUACACUUUUUUUUGUUAUUAACGUAAUUUUACAUAAAGAAUCAAAACUCUAUGAAAUUCAUAAAUUCAUAAUACGAAGUGUUUUGUUUCUCAGGAUAUUUUUAUUGGAUUUCAAUGUUGUAUAAUAGGAUGUAUAGUUAACGAAAAUAUCUUAAAUUAAAAAAAUAAAAUGGUGUAAGCUGGAAAAUGUUUUGGAGUAGAAAAAAGCACUGGGUUCUAUGUACAUUUUUUUUUAUUAAUAUGUAUUUAUUCGAAUAAUUUAACACCCUUUCAUAUUUAUCUUAAUACUCUUUAUGUUGAUUGGCAAUAGUGUACCACAAGAACAAA